AUGGCUGCUGAGGUUGGAUGGGUUUGGGCAUCAUUUCGUUUGUUUGAGUGGAACGAAACAGUUACCAGCAGUAAUGAGGAUGAAGGAGUGCUCAUGCUUCGUGUAUUCACUGUCACUACCGCGGUUGACGAUUUCACUACCAAAUUCGAAAACAAGGUCACUGUUUUCCCAUUCAAUCUCGAGCACUUAAUGUCUCAACAAACCCUAGAAUCAAUGUUCUCUUGCCUCCUUCUAUCCUCCCGCGUUUUCUUGAAAGACAGUAGUGCUCAUGCUAUGUCACAAAGUAUGUCUUCCGCCCUUGUCAGAGAUUAUCACUUUACCCGCCACAUGCCAAACACUCGGAGAAAAUCCAAGAUUGUCAUCGUUGUAGAUGUUUUUAUCGGUGAAGAAGACGAGGAUUUCUAUAUGGAGAUGUUAGGGGAUGACCAUUCGGAUAUCUUAAAAGAGUUGGAAAAGUUUUGUCUAAAUAGUAAACCAAUUACGACUACUCAUGAACCGAAAGUAGUUUUGAAACACAUUAACAUUGGAGUGAAGAUCAGCAAAUUGACUGACGAUGAUGAUAGACCAGAAGAAGAAUACGAGUGUCCCAUAUGUCUGAAGGGAUUCUUGACGGGGACAGUGGCUGCAACGCUACGAUGUUCGCACGUAUUCCAUGCUGAUUGCAUGAACAAGUGGUUGUCGGAAAGUAAUUCAUGUCCAUUGUGCCGAUCACUUUGUGCUACCGUAGUUUAUAUAUGA